UCAUCCAAUUCAUUAUCCAUCUUCUUCUUAAGCUCCACUAUCUCCCCUUUCGCUAAACAAGGAAAGAAGAAUGGCUUCGACAGAGGCGUCCAUGGAGAACUCAAAAGGCAUAGUUCCUAAGUUUGUACCCAACUGUGUAUUUCUCUCUUCGUGGGUUUCUCAAAACCCAUUUCUUAUCAGACCCUUCAAGCCAAUCACUCUUCCAUCUCCAAAUUGCGCGCUACGUGAGCUUCACACUUCACUCGCCUCCACUGCUGAUAAAUGCUUCAAGAUUCUUCACUUGUUUGCCUCUCAAAAUCCCAUUCUUAGAAAAUUGCUAUCUCUCUCUUCUGAUUGUAGCAGCCAUAUCACCACCCUUCAGAUUCAAUGCAGGGCCUAUAGCAAUUCAAAUUAUCUAUCCAAUCACAAUUUUGCUGCAGUCUUACCGGGAGAUUCAGUGGCAGGGAUUGUAGUGGCCAAUGGCAUUCUCAAUUUCUUGAACAUAUAUAACACUUUGUUGAUCGUAAGGCUUGUUUUGACCUGGUUUCCCAACUCUCCUCCUGCCAUCGUUAGUCCCCUCAGCACUUUGUGUGAUCCAUACCUGAACAUAUUCCGUGGAAUCAUCCCACCACUGGGAGGGACACUGGAUCUUUCUCCGAUUCUAGCUUUCCUGGUUCUAAAUGCCUUUACAAGCACUGCUGCUGCACUCCCUGCUGAACUUCCAGGAAAAGGAGCUUCUACACUUCAUACACGGUUCACUACAUCACAGCAGAAAUGGAUGAGAAGGCUCUAUGGAAACAAGCCACCAGAGAGCUCUCCCCAUGCCAAUUAGGCCCUUACCAUUAUAGUCUUGUAGGUAUAUAUACAGCUUGUGUAAUUUUGUUAAUUUUCGAAUACUGGGCAGUUUUCUUCCGGCAGGUAAUUGAGUUCAGCUUCCUGAAUUAUAGUUAAUGUUAAAAUUCUUUUUGUGUUAAA